CUGAAAGCGAGUGAGAGUGAGAGAGUGAGUGAUACUAGCAGCCGUGUAGGUGACAUUCAACUCCUCCCAAAAGCUCCGCGUGGAGGAUAUUUUUGGGCCGUGUGUGACAGUGGAAGUGUCUCUCUGACAGCUGACCGCAGGGGCCAAAUCAAAACAUACAACACGACCAUUAUCCGUGUGACAGCCGGACCGAUAUGACCUCAAAUGAAGAGGAGAAAGAUCCUGACAUUGAACUCUUUGUGAAGGCGGGUUGUGAUGGCGAGAGCAUUGGAAACUGUCCGUUCUCUCAAAGACUCUUUAUGAUCCUGUGGCUGAAGGGUGUUGUGUUUAACGUCACCACCGUCGACCUGAAGAGGAAACCUGCAGAUCUUCGUAAUCUGGCCCCGGGAACCCCACCGCCCUUCCUCACGUUCAACGGAGAGGUGCGGACGGAUGUCAACAAAAUCGAAGAAUUCUUAGAAGAGAUGCUAGCACCUCCAAAGUAUCCAAAACUGGCUGCAAAGAACAAGGAGUCGAAUGCAGCGGGAAAUGACAUCUUCGCAAAGUUCUCGGCCUACAUCAAGAACACCAAGCCAGAAGCCAACGCAAGUCUGGAGAACGGGCUUCUGAAAACUCUGAAGAAACUGGACGAGUUUCUGAACUCUGCUCUGCCGGAUGAGACGGAUUCUGAUGGCGCAGGAGAAGAGACGCAGUCCAGCCGCAAGUACCUGGACGGCAAUGAACUGACCCUCGCCGACUGCAACCUUCUCCCCAAACUACACAUAGUCAAGGUGGUUUCGAAGAAGUAUCGUAACUUUGAGAUCUCAGCAGACUUGAGUGGAGUUUGGAGAUAUCUUCAGAACGCUUACGCUCGAGAUGAGUUCACGAACACGUGUCCGGCGGAUCCAGAGAUUGAACUGGCCUAUCAGGACGUAGCCAAGAGACUCGGAUUACAGGAGCACACAGAGAUCAGAUUGGAGGAACAGGAGAGGUUUUUCCGGCUCGGUCUCGGGGGUUUUCACUGCUACAGUUCCUGUGAAGAAAACUCUUUCACCUCCAACUCAAACAUCUGCAUUCAUGUCUGCAGGCUUCAUUUCUCUCCAACAUCUCUCAGUGCUUCAGUGAGUUCUGCUCAGUUCUGUGUGAAGUGUUCAGAACGGCCCGCUCAUUUGUCUUGGGAUCUUUUAUCUACCAAAAGAUUUGUUAUAGACGGUUUCAUCUCAACAAAAUAAACAAAAGUUAAUUUGUUGAGAUGAAACGUUCAUUUGUUAACGUUAACCCCCCCAACUGAACUUCCGGUACACAUUCACAAACAAUAGAGCGCUUGGAGAUUAUUUCUGAUGACAAUCAAAAGAAACCCAGAAGAAGCGUUACUCGGCUAAACUUCUCCCUGUUGAAAAAAAACAGUAUGUGCCGGGUUAGGUAUGUUUUGAUGCUGGUUUAACCAGUUUAAACCAGCUAAGGACCAGCUUAAACCAGCAUCAAAACACACCAAACCAGCAUAUGCUGUUUUUUUCAACAGGGCUCUCCAAUAUUUUGAAUUCAGACUGCGAUACCAAUGUCAGCCGCUAGAUGUCAGUGUUCUUCAAAUGCGACCGAACUACAGGACCCAUUCAACAAAUUGUUUACUUAAUACAGUUAUUAUACAAUAAAAAAAUCAUAUUAAUUAAUAUUAACAUAAAGGAAAUAAAAUAUAAAAAGUUAUUUUAUUAGACACUAGCCAAACACAAACCGGAAGUUAACUGGGGGUCUGAUGAAACGGUGUAUUGUUACAUGUGUUGUUUUGUUUUUCGAUUCAUUUCAGGAACACAGUAGUACACGUAAGUGCCAAAAUAACAUAUAGGCUAUGUAUAUUUAUGUAUUUCUUCUUAUUAUAAGUUCACUUGUAGUAGAGUUGCAGUACAAAUGAAGAACCUAUUUUGAGUGAACUGGUUGUGUAUGUAAUGAUCACUAGUGUUACGUUCAUGUGGUGUCUGGGGGUUUUGCUUUUCAUUUGUGGUGUCUGUGGUUUUUAGAGCAGUUCCAGAACUGUUGGAUUUAUGCUCAGGUUAUGAGCAGGUUAUACAUCCUCCCUCACAUUAAACUGAUG